AUGGCAUCCUCCGCCAAUUUGUCGGCCAACGACAAGAUCCAGCGUUUCGCUGCUCCCAGUCGGCCUCUGAGCCCUCUGCCCUCCCAUGCUCUCUUCAAUGAGAAGACUCGAUGCUUCGUCUACGGUCUGCAGCCCCGUGCUGUGCAGGGUAUGCUCGACUUUGACUUCAUCUGCAAGCGCAAGACUCCCUCCGUGGCCGGUAUCAUCUACACCUUCGGCGGUCAAUUCGUCAGCAAGAUGUACUGGGGCACCAGCGAGACCUUAUUGCCUGUCUACCAGCAGGUCGACAAGGCUAUGAGCAAGCACCCAGAUGUUGAUGUUGUCGUCAACUUUGCCUCUUCCCGCAGUGUCUACAGCUCCACCAUGGAGCUCAUGGAGAACCCCCAGAUCAAGACCAUCGCCAUCAUUGCCGAGGGUGUCCCCGAGCGACGAGCACGAGAGAUUGCCCAUGUCGCCAAGAAGAAGGGCGUCACCAUCAUCGGUCCCGCCACCGUCGGUGGUAUCAAGCCCGGUAGCUUCAAGAUCGGUAACACCGGAGGUAUGAUGGACAACAUCGUCGCCUCUAAGCUCUACCGUAAGGGUUCCGUCGGUUAUGUCUCCAAGUCCGGAGGUAUGUCCAACGAGCUGAACAACAUCAUUUCCAACAACACCGAUGGUGUCUACGAGGGUAUUGCCAUUGGUGGUGACCGUUAUCCCGGCACCACCUUCAUUGACCACAUGCUCCGCUACCAAGCUGACCCCGACUGCAAGAUUCUGCUGCUGCUUGGUGAAGUUGGUGGUGUUGAGGAAUACAAGGUUAUCGAGGCCGUCAAGCAGGGUAUCAUCAACAAGCCCAUCGUGGCCUGGGCCAUUGGUACCUGCGCUAGCAUGUUCAAGACCGAGGUCCAGUUCGGUCACGCUGGUUCUUUUGCCAACUCGCAACUCGAGACCGCUGCCAACAAGAACAAGGCCAUGAAGGAGGCUGGCUUCUACGUCCCAGAGACCUUCGAGGAGAUGCCUGCUGUCCUGAAGCAGGUGUACGACAAGCUCGUCAAGGAGGGCACCAUCAAGCCCCAGGCCGAACCCCCCGUUCCCAAGAUCCCUCUCGACUACUCUUGGGCCCAGGAGCUGGGUCUUAUCCGAAAGCCUGCUGCUUUCAUCUCCACCAUCUCAGACGACCGUGGCCAAGAGCUGCUUUACGCCGGUAUCCCUAUCUCCGACGUUUUCAAGGAGGAUAUUGGUAUCGGUGGUGUCAUGUCUCUGCUGUGGUUCCGACGCAGACUCCCCGACUACGCCUCCAAGUUCUUGGAGAUGGUUCUCAUGCUUACUGCUGACCAUGGUCCCGCCGUCUCCGGUGCCAUGAACACCAUCAUCACCACCCGUGCUGGCAAGGAUCUGAUCAGUGCCCUGGUAUCUGGUCUGCUAACCAUUGGUUCUCGAUUCGGUGGUGCUCUUGACGGCGCUGCCGACGAGUUUACCCGUGCAUUCGACAAGAACCUCAGCCCCAGAGAGUUUGUUGACAGCAUGCGCAAGGCCAACAAGCUCAUUCCCGGUAUCGGUCACCGUGUCAAGUCCCGCAACAACCCCGAUCUCCGUGUCGAGCUCGUCAAGGAGUAUGUCUUGGCCAAAUUCCCCACCCACAAGCUGCUUGACUACGCUCUGGCAGUCGAGACCGUCACAACCUCCAAGAAGGAUAACCUGAUCCUGAACGUCGACGGCUGUAUUGCCGUAUGCUUCGUCGAUCUCCUCCGCAACUGCGGUGCUUUCUCCGCUGAGGAGGCUGAGGACUACCUGAAGAUGGGUGUUCUGAACGGUCUCUUCGUUCUGGGCCGAAGCAUCGGUCUGAUUGCUCACUUCCUCGACCAAAAGCGUCUGCGUACUGGUCUGUACCGUCAUCCUUGGGAUGAUAUCACUUAUCUCCUUCCCAACCUGUCUCAGGGUGCGCCUGGUGCUGAGGGAAGAGUUGAGGUCCAGAUGUAA